AUGAACUGUAUUUUCAUUGUAUUCAUUUUAUUAAAUCUUGUGAAUGCAGAAGAAUCAUUCUUUGGACCUCAUCAACUUCGAGAACAUACAUAUUCAUAUGAACCUAUUUUUGAAAAUACUUUCAUUUCAUUCAAUUAUGCACUUAUUGUGUUUAUCCUCCCAUUAGUUAUUCUUUUCAUUUCUGUUUGUCAUUUUUUGUCUAUACUCUAUACAGGAAUUUUAUCAUUACUAUUCAUUGGAAGUGCUAUUGGGUUUGUUGGUUUUCUUGUUUACAGUUGGAUUUACCUUUCCUUCUUUGAAACGCUUGCGUUUGGAGUUGUGAUUGUUCCAGUAGUACUUCUUCUUAGUUAUCUUGUUUCUGCUUGA